UAAUGAGCUUGAGGCAAAAACACGUACACACAGAACACCACAAGUCGUCAUUACAAGGGCAGGUUGGUUUCUUCUUCUUCUUCUUCUUCUGAUAAUCUCUCCGUCUCAAAUGGCUUCGGCGGCUACUGCGUUAAGCUUCACUCCUUUAAUCAACAAGAAAAAUGUUGAACUCUCUGCAUUCGUUUCUCGCUCUUCCGUUCUUUCUCCCAAUAAAUCGAUUCCCAGGAAGAUUGUAUCUGUCAUGUCGCCGCAGCAAACUGAACGAAAGCCUUCUACCACCGGUUCAGUGAAAACUGCGAUGACGAUGACAGAGAAGAUCUUGGCUAGGGCAUCUGAGAAAUCUGAGCUUAUCCCGGGUGAUAAUGUUUGGGUUAAUGUUGAUGUCUUGAUGACUCAUGAUGUUUGCGGUCCUGGUUCCUUUGGAAUUUUUAAGAAAGAGUUCGGCCCUACUGCUAAGGUAUGGGAUCGAGAGAAAAUUGUUGUUAUACCUGAUCACUAUAUCUUCACAAAUGACCAAAGGGCAAAUCGUAAUGUGGACAUCUUGAGAGAUUUUUGCACUGAGCAAAAUAUUAAGCAUUUCUAUGACAUCACAGAUCUUGGAAACUUUAAGGCUAAUCCUGAUUAUAAAGGUGUGUGCCAUGUUGCCCUUGCGCAAGAAGGCCAUUGUAGACCUGGAGAGGUCUUAUUAGGAACAGAUUCUCACACAUGUACUGCUGGAGCAUUUGGCCAGUUUGCAACUGGAAUAGGUAACACCGAUGCAGGCUUUGUGUUAGGCACCGGAAAGAUUUUGCUAAAGGUCCCCCAAACACUCAGAUUUGUAAUGGAAGGUGAAAUGCCAGAUUAUUUGAUGGCCAAGGAUUUGAUUUUGCAGACUAUUGGUGAAAUAUCUGUAUCUGGAGCAACAUAUAAAUCGAUGGAGUUUGUUGGAUCUACAGUUGAAAGUCUGACUAUGGAAGAGAGAAUGACCUUGUGUAACAUGGUUGUUGAAGCUGGGGGCAAGAAUGGAGUUGUACCAGCUGAUUCAAUUACACAUGAAUACCUUAAGGAUAAGACAUCAGUGCCGUAUGAAGCAGUUUACAGUGAUGGUCAAGCUAGAUUUCUUUCAGAGUACAGAUUUGACAUCUCAAAGCUGGAGCCUUUGGUGGCAAAGCCUCAUUCUCCCGACAAUAGGGCCUUAGCUAGAGAAUGUAAAGAUGUGAAGAUCGACCGGGUCUAUAUUGGAUCAUGUACUGGUGGGAAGUUUGAGGAUUUCCUCGCUGCAGCAAAAGUAUUUCUUGCUUCGGGGAAGAAGGUUAAAGUGCCGACUUUUCUGGUUCCUGCUACUCAGAAGGUAUGGGUGGACUUAUACAGUGUACCUGUACCUGGAUCUGGUGGCAAGACUUGCUCACAGAUAUUUGAGGAAGCUGGCUGUGACACACCUGCAAGUCCCAGUUGCGGUGCCUGUUUGGGUGGCCCUAAAGAUACUUAUGCACGAAUGAAUGAGCCAACAGUGUGUGUUUCAACUACAAAUAGGAAUUUUCCAGGAAGGAUGGGGCACAAAGAAGGCCAGAUUUAUUUGGCUUCUCCCUACACAGCUGCAGCAUCUGCUUUGACUGGUUUUGUCACUGAUCCAAGAGAAUUUCUACAGUAAAUGUAAUAUCCUCACCUUCAAAGUAAUUGCUGAGUUGGUUACCGUUUCAUGGUUGAACUUCGCAUGACUUCUCUCAAAGUUUAACUGAUUAUAGUCCUAAAUAUGAGUAGCUUGCGAAUUUGAGAAUGUAGUAGCAUUGUGGUUUGUUUAUGUUCUGGUGUCAUAUCUGGAAAAUAUUGUAUUAGAACAGAUGUUUGAAAUACUUUUGUUCUUAAUAAUGAGCAUAUGAAAACUUGUGGACA